AUGUCAAAUAAUCCUUUAUAUUCACCUUUACCAAAAUAUGUACAAAAUUCUCAAGUGGUAAAAAAUGAAGAACAACCAUUAGUAUCAGAAACCACAAAGAAAUUUAUACCAAAUUUUGUGAUGGACACAUUGGAAACAAACUUCGAAAUCAAAAAAAAUUCUGCAGCAAAAGCUUAUGACGCUAAAUUAAAAGACAAAGUCAUUUUGCUUGAUAAUCCUAAAAAAAAAUCGGAAGAUAAUAAAAAGAGAUUAAUAAGAUUGAAAAGAAAACAAAAAAGUAUUACUUCAAAGGAAAAAAAAGAACUUGGAAUUUAUGAUAUACCAAAAGAUUGUCAAAAUGCUUUUUCUCAAAAAUUAUUAAAAGCAGAUUUUCAUGGUGCAAUCUUAACAGUUAGUAAAUCCAAGUGUCCUUCAUAUAUUGGAGUUACAGGAAUUAUAGUCCAAGAAACUGAAAAUAUGUUUAGAUUUAUUACAAAAAACGAUGUUUUAAAAAGCCUUCCCAAAGCUAAUAAUGUAUUUACAUUCAUUAUUCAUAAUCAUGAAUUCACAUUAUAUGGAAAUCAAUUUAGGUUUAGAUUACCAUCAAAUGAUUGA